AUGACGUUACUCAGAGCCCUUGCUUCCCUCUUAGUCCUACACCUGCUGCAGGGCUCGAGCGCUUCCCUAGUGCAGCUGAAGGACAACGGCUAUGAAGACGUCAUCGUUGCUAUAGAUCCUGGUGUGCCAGAAGAUGGAGAAAUAAUUGAACAAAUAAAGGACAUGGUGACCACCGCAUCUACUUACCUGUUUGAAGCCACAGAAAAAAGAUUUUUUUUCAAAACUGUGUCUAUAUUAAUUCCUAAGAAUUGGAAGGAAAACUCUCAAUACAGGAGGCCAAAACACGAGAGCUACAAACAGGCUGAUGUCAUAGUUGCACCCCCAACCCUCCCAGGCCAAGAUGAACCAUAUACCAAGCAGCUCACAGAAUGUGGAGCAAAAGCAGAAUACAUUCAUUUCACCCCUGACUUUGUCCUGGGAAAGAAACAAAAUGAAUAUGGGCCAUCAGGUAGAGUGUUUGUCCACGAGUGGGCCCAUCUCCGCUGGGGAGUGUUUGAUGAGUACAAUAAUGAUCAGCCUUACUAUAUGUCCAGAUUAAAAAAAAUUGAAGCAACAAGGUGUUCCAUAGGUAUGUUUGGUACAAAUAGUGUUUAUAAAUGUCAAGAUGGUAGCUGUAUAACGAGAAGAUGCAGAAUAGAUUCUACCACAAAACUCUAUGAAAAAGAUUGUCAGUUCUUUCCUGAUAAAGUUCAAACAGAAAAGGCAUCCAUAAUGUUUACACCAAAAAUUGAUUCUGUUGUUGAGUUUUGUAAUGAAAAAAACCAUAACCAAGAAGCUCCAACUCUACAAAACCUAAAGUGCAAUUUCAGAAGUACAUGGGAGGUAAUCAGAGAGUCUGAGGAUUUUAAAAGCGUCACACCUAUGGUGACACCACCUCCUCUGCCCGCUUUCUCGUUGCUGAAAAUCAGUGAAAGAACUGUGUGCUUAGUUCUGGAUAAGUCUGAAAACAUGAAGGAUUUUAACCGGCUAUAUCGAAUGAACCAAGCAGCUAAAACUUUCCUGCUUCAAACUAUUGAAAAUGGAUCCUGGGUGGGAAUAGUUGAGUAUGAUAGUACCACCCACAUCAAAAGUAAGCUAGUCCAAAUAACAAGCUACAGUGAAAGAAGAAAACUCCUAGAGUGCUUACCUACAGAAGCUUCAGGAGGAAUUUCUAUCUGCUCUGGAAUUGAAUCUGCUCUUCAGGUAAUUAGAGAAAAACAUCAUCAAACAGAGGGAUCUGAAAUAAUAUUGGUAACUGCUGGGGAGAAUAAAAGUGCAAGCUCUUGUGUGGAUAGAGUGAUACAAAGUGGGGCCAUCGUUCAUUCCGUUGCUUUGGGGCCAUCUGCUGAUGUCAUACUAAGCGUGAUGAGCAGUGCAACAGGAGGAAAUCAUUAUUAUGCUUCAGAUCAAGCCUACAGGAGCAGCUUCACUGAUGCUUUCAGGACCUUCGAGUCAGGGAAUGCUGGUCCCUCCCAAAUGUCCUUUCAGCUUGAAAGUAAGAGAUUAACCCUGAACAAUGAAGCCUGGAUGAAUGGCACUGUGAUCGUUGAUAGCACCCUGGGAAAAGACACGUUCUUUUCCAUCACGUGGGACAAACAAACUCCCAGCAUUUCUGUCUGGGCUCCUAGUGGAAAACUGGUAGGAGGUUUAACAGAGGACACUGCUUCCAGAAUGGCCUAUCUCAGUAUUUCAGGAACAGCACCGGUGGGCACCUGGACUUACAACCUUCAAGCCAAAGCAAACUCAGAAACACUCACUAUUGCAGUAACUUCUCGGGCAGCAGAUUCUGCUGUGCCUCCCAUCACAGUAAGCGCUAAAAUGAAUAAAGACACAAACAGCUUCCCCAGCCCCAUGGUUGUUUAUGCAGAAGUUCGACAAGGGUAUGUGCCCAUUCUUGGAGUCAAUGUGACUGCUGUCAUUGAAUCAAGCAGUGGAAACACAGAAGUUUUGGAACUGUUGGACAACGGUGCAGGUGCUGAUUUUUACAAGAAUGAUGGCAUCUACUCCAGGUACUUUACAUCUUACAAAGAAAAUGGAAUAUAUAGUUUAAAAGUACAGGCUUGUGGAGGACGAAACACUGCCAUGAGAAGUUUAAGACGUCCAAUGAGUCCAGCCAAACAUAUAUCAGGUUGCAUAGUAGAUGGGAAAAUUGAAGAGAAUGUACUGAACCCCAAAAUUGAUGAGGACACUCAGCCAAUCCUGGAGAGUUUCAGCAGAACAGUAUCUGGAGGUGUAUUUGUGAUAUCACAAGUUCCACCUCUUCCCGUCACUGACCUUUACCCACCAAAUCAAAUCAGAGACCUUGAUGCCACACUUCAUGGGGAUGAAGUCUGCCUAACAUGGACAGCACCAGGAGAUGAUUUUGAUGUUGGAAAAGUUCAACAGUAUACCAUAAGAAUCAGUGGAAGUGUCCUUGAUCUAAGAGACCAUUUUGAAGAUGCUCUUCAAGUUAACACUACAGAUCUGUUACCAAACGAGGCCAACUCCAAGCAAACCUUUACAUUUAAGCCAGGAAAGAUUUCAGAAGAAAAUUCAACCCAUUUAUUCAUUGCCAUUCAAAGUGUAGACAAAAGUAAUCUGACAUCAAAAGUAUCCAAUAUUGCACAAGUAGCUUUGUUCAUUCCCCUGGGAGAGCCUAGUCCCCAUGAAGGUCAUCGACAUCCUGGGGCUAACACUCCUACCUUGGUGUUGGUGGUGGUUGGCUCUGUUGCAAUUAUUUGCCUUCUUUUAAGUGCCACCAUUUAUAUAUUAAAAAAGAAAAAAAAAAGCAAGUAGACCUAGAACUGGCUUUUAAUAAAAUCAAGAAAAUUGAA